CUGAAAUGGUUUGAAGCAAUCCUGCUUUCGAAUUCCCGGGGCUUCCGCCUCAGAAACCGAUCGUACCAGGAAGAAGCCAUGCUGCGAGCCAAGUGUCCUCCUCAUCAACUUCGGCGGCUCACACGUGGCGGUGCCGCCACACCCACCGUCCAGUUCAUUGUUGCCUCACUGUGUUGCCAUGUUCUUGUUCUGUAUUGUGAUGCCUCCUUCUGCUCUCUACACCUGCCACCUCAUCAUCAUCCUACCAACGACGCAACCACCACAACCAUGGAGAAUAAGAACAAAUGCCAAAGUAGUGGAUGGAAGAAUAUUGAUGUUUCCUGCCUCAAACGUUCAUUAGGUUUACUCGAUGCCAGCUUCUUCAAUGAUGAACAGAUUGUAGAGAUUAAUGAGGGUGUACAUGAACUCAAUAUCCCAAUUAUACAAACAAAUCGGAAACUUGUGGCAUCUGAAAAUGGAGGCCUCCAUUACCCACCCGCUUUGGUUUUCAAUCCUGGCUGGGGCUAUCGGUCGACAAACAAAACAUUUAGCUAUCCUUCUGUCUCUGGGACUCGUAGACCAGAAUCUGAUGAGGAUAUUGCCUUUAUGAGUGUUCUUGAAUUAGCUGAACUCAUUAGAACAAAGCAAAUCACUUCUCAGGAGCUUACACAGAUUUUCCUUCGGAGACUGAAAGAGUUCAAUCCUGUUCUUGAAUCUGUAAUCACUUACACUGAAGAAUUGGCUCACAGGCAAGCGAAAGAAGCUGAUGAGUUGCUUGCCAUAGGCGUCUAUCUUGGCCCUCUUCAUGGAAUUCCAUAUGGAUUGAAGGAUAUAAUAGCAGUGCCUGGUUAUAAAACUACAUGGGGUUCAAAAACCUUCAAAGAUCAAGUUAUUGACAAAGAAGCUUGGGUGUACAAGAGGCUAAGGGCUGCUGGAGCUGUUCUCGUUGCAAAGCUUGUUUCUGGAUCAUUGGCAUAUGAUGAUAUCUGGUUUGGUGGAAGAACUAGAAAUCCAUGGAAUAUUGAAGAGUUCUCUACUGGGUCAUCUGCCGGACCAGCUGCCAGCACCUCGGCUGGUAUGGUUCCAUUUGCCAUUGGUUCAGAAACAGCUGGCUCCAUUACUUAUCCUGCUGCUCGUUGUGGCGUGACAGCAUUGCGACCAACUUUUGGUACAGUUGGUCGAAGUGGUGUAAUGAGCAUAUCAGAAAGCUUGGAUAAGCUGGGCCCUUUCUGCAGAAGUGCAACUGAUUGUGCUGUUGUCCUCGAUAAUAUUCGGGGAAAGGAUCCGGAUGACAUCUCAUCGAGAGAGAGCCAGAUCGAUGAUCCUUUCUCAGUUGACAUUACCAACCUGACAGUUGGAUAUCUUGAUGAUGCUGAAAUGGAGGUUAGUUGUAAUGUUCUUGCGUCAAAGGGUGUGAAGAUGGUACCUUUUCAACUGAAUUACACAGUUGACUCUGUUCAAGGUAUACUAAAUUUCACAAUGGAUGUUGAUAUGCUGGCACACUUUGACGAGUGGCAACGAUCAGGCCAAGAUAAUGUGUAUGAAGCUCAAGAUCAGUGGCCAACUGAACUGCAUCGUGCACGUUUAAUCCCAGCUGUGGAUUAUGUACAGGCACAAAGAGCAAGGGGAAAGCUAAUAGAAGAGAUAAGAGAGAGUUUCACGGUUGACGCCUUCAUCGGCAAUGCGACCGACUGGGAGAAAGUUUGCCUAGGAAAUCUUGUAGGUUUACCAGUCAUAGUAGUUCCGACAGGUUUUAAGAACAUCUCCAAUCCACCUGCCAGUGGCAGCAGACGAAGAACCACCAUCACCACCGGCAUUUACGCUCGCCCGGACCAUGAUCACAUUGCUUUGGCACUGGCAAUGGCUUACCAAUCAGUGACCAAUCACCACAAACAGCGUCCACCCAUCAAUGAUCUUGGUCCAAAUGAUGUUAUUUCUGAUGUUUUUACCCCUCCCCGGGUCUUGCGUCGAUGAACGGUCACAAAAAAAAUGAAAUAUGCAUAUUUAUGGGCACUAUUGUUUUCACAAAGGUACCAAAGUGGAGUAGGCCAUGAAAUUAUUCAAGGAUGAGAUAUUUCUCCAAAUAUUCAAUAGUUAUUUAUCCUCUGUUUUCGCAA